AUGAUGGAACCGAAGAAGCCCACAGAGCUUAUGGACCUACCGAGCGAGCUGCUCCACGACAUAGUAAAACUCGCAGUUGGAACUGGGGCAGACAUCAAGAUGUACCGCUCAUCGAUUGGGGAAACCUUAACGGAGAUGGUGGCAGAGCACUCGUAUGGCGGAACGCACUUCAGCACCCACAUAGCCCUUCGGCUUGUCAAUCGAUGCCUCAGCGAGAUGGCAGGGGAGACCUUCUACCGGCACAAUACCUUCGAAGCGGAAGAUUUUGACGUUCUCAACAAGGCUUUCGAAGACGGUUUGUGCAAGUUCAAUAACCACAUCCGCUCCAUCGCAAUUGCCAACCUCAUCGGCGACAUAGAGCAGGCGCAGAGAUAUCUAGUGCAAGUCAAAAAUCUGCGAAGAUUGACUUUCGGAGGUGUCCGAUACGUCUACAUACCAGGUGAUGUAGCAGGAUGGUUCGAAACGGGACUUCGAAAGUGGUUUCAAUGGGUUCUUGAUAAAACCGGGGAACCCCUUCAAAUGCCCCUCCGGAGACAUCGCGGCAAGCGGGGAAUCAAGAUUGUGUUUGAUGGGAACAAGGAGGGCGUGUGGGAUAGGUAUGAGGAGAGCGUUCGACGAGCCAACCUGAUGGGCAAGACAUAUAUCGUACCGUUAUCUCCGGAACAGGUUAAAGCUAAGGUGAAGCAGCUCGACGGCGAAUUCAAUGAGAUCAUGGUGGCGAAGGAAAAUGAGUAUCUGGAGCGGAAAUUGGCUGAAGCCAAGGAAGAUCUCGAAGAAGCCCAGUCCGAGGUGGACAAUUUGGUGAAGUACAUGGGAGAGCCCGAGUCCAAGCGAGACUAG